GUAGCGGUGGAGGGGCAGGAGGGGCAGCAGCAGGUGGACGUGGGGCUAUGGAGACCACCCACCUGGUGACGGAGUUUAUCACGCACACCGGCGCCAACGCCCAGGACGCCGUCAGCUGUCUCAAGUCGUGGGAGUGGGAUCUGAAGAAGGCGCUCAUCGAUUAUAAUGAUACAUCAACAACCGAGUACUUUAACAACAAGAAAAACGACAAUGAGAUAUUAAUGAAAGCCGCCGCAAGUUCCUCCGCAUCACAACUUCCGCUACUUUCCGCUAGCAAUAAGCGGAACGGCCUCGGCGGCAGCAGCGUCAGCUUGCACCGUCAGCAACCGAUCCAACAUCCGGUGGUCGGGCCACGUUCCAGCACCGGCAGCAGCAGCGGCGAUUACGGUGGAACAACGACGUCUACCGCGACCGCGACGACAACGUCCUCUUCCAGCCAUCACCACCACCACCUCCAGCAUCAUCCUUCUUCUGCGAAAUCGACGUCCUCAAACAGCCAUCACCAGAGCCACAACAAUCACCUGCCGUUGCACUAUCAUUACGGUGCCAACGGCGGCGGCAGUGCCAGCAACGGAACGACGACGACGGCGAUGCUGCUGAAGCCCGCGCUUACCAAAACCGACUCGAUUGACAUUUUUGACUGCAAAAAGCUCGAACGGGGCAUCUCGCGGGCCACGGAAAAUGUGAACCUGGUGUCGCGCGCCCGCCAGGAGUUCGAGAUGGACUUUCACAGCCCGCUGUCCGGCUGCGCCGAGCAGAACGCCAAGAAUCUGAACUUUAUCGACACGCCGGACUACACGUUCACGCUGCCCGAUCUGACCAAGUACUCGGACGACUUUCGGAAAUUUCUCGAGAAGGAUCUGAUAGAGAGCUCGACACUCAACUCGCUGGAGGCGACGAACCGGCUGAACUGGUGGUACGACUCGGGCGUUUGUCGGAAGUUGUGGCCGCUCGCGACGACAGGUGACGGCAACUGCCUGCUGCACGCGGCAUCUCUGGCGAUGUGGGGCUUCCACGAUCGGCGGCUUACGUUGCGGCGGACGCUGCACGACAUCCUGUCGAAGGAGGAGUUCCGGGAUGCGUUGUACCGGAGGUGGCGCUUCCAGCAGACGCGAUUGAAUCGGCAGGCCGGGUUUGUGUUCUGCGAGUCCGAGUGGGCCCGCGAGUGGGAGGAGAUUGUGGCGAUUGCGUCGCCCGAGCCGAGGAGGAACUCCAAAAGUGGUCAGCAGGGUUCGGGGGCGGGGGCGGCCUCCAGGAGGAGGUCGCUGUUGAUCGAGAAGAGUAUGGACGGUGGGGAGGGAGGGGAUGAGAAUGCCGCGACGUACGAGAGUUUGGAGGAGAUUCAUGUGCUGGCGUUGGCGCACAUUUUGAGGAGGACGAUUAUCGUGGUGUCGGAUGUGUUCUUGAGGGACAUGAACGGGGAGGCGUUUUCGCCGAUUCCGUUCGGUGGGGUGUAUCUGCCGUUUGAGGUGCCCUCGAACGAGUGCCAUAGAGCGCCGCUGUUGUUGGCGUACGACAUGGCGCACUUUUCGGCGCUGGUGGCGAUGGAGACGGCUGGGGAUUUUCCGCCGGCGUUGAUUCCGCUGGUGGACGCUAGCAAUCAGCUGUUGCCGAUUCAGUUCUGCAUCGAUCCGGGCCGGGACUUUGACUGGCGGGAGUACGACGGGGCGGACGGGAACUGGGUGUUGACGGACCGGGAGCACGUGGCCCUGUUGAAGGAAUAUCUGGACAUUGUGUACGCCCCGGCGACGGCUGACAGUCCGGACGGAGAUCCGGACACGUACGACGAUUACUCGGAUGAAGAGUACGAAAAGCGACUGGCAGAUGGGGAGUUUGUGUUCGCCGACGAGAACCACAACAGUGGGACGAACCUGGCUGCGAUGACCGCUUCGAAUCAGUCGCUGCCACCGACGUCGUCGAGCGGGAAGAGCAAGGCCGCCAAGCAGCUGCAGAGUGUGGCGAAGCAGUUCGGAAGCAUCGGCAAGAGCAUGAGCAAAAAGUUGAAGAAGAACAUCGGAUCGAUCACGCGGAUCGGUAGUAAAAGUGGGUCGCACAAGAAGCCCAACGUUACGGCGAACAAGGACCGAGAAUACCCCAAAUUUAGAAUCCUGUGCGCCACGCUGAAGGCACGCCGUCACGAGUACCAAGAGGAGAUGAUCAAGAACUACCUGGAGUGCGCCCAGGAACGAUAUCUAGAACUGGAACGCUCCAAGGAACGUCGCGAGCUCGACAAACUCAGCAAAUACGUCGACUCCGGCCACGACAUGACCGAUUACGGCUCCGAACCACCCACAACCGACCUGGUCAACUGCAUCAACGCGGGCUGCCUCAACUACGGCACCGUCGCCACCAGCUACAUGUGCUUGGAAUGCUACGAAACGCAAAAGAAGCGCGAAACCAUCAACGUCACCGACUUCACGCCCCGCUACGGCACCGGCAAGUCCAAGUUCUACGCCCAAGCCGACAUGGAGUCGCACGACCGCAUCCAGCGGCUCCCCAGCGUGCGCCGGCUCAACGAGCUCGACCAAACCCUCUACCUGUCCCACUCGACCUUUUACAACGACCAGCGCGCCGCCAUGAUCAGCAACGCCCAAUCCCUGCAAUCUUCCUCCAACUACCGGCACGGCUUCAGCCCGACCGACCGCACCAAAAACGGCCACCACUCGCCGCCCAACUAUUCCACCUGUGCCAAACUGGCGACGGCCACCUCGGGCGGCAUCGUCGCGACCGUCUACUCCCCGGGAAACACCAUCCUGAACCGCGUCCCGCCCUCGGGCGGCAUGUGCGUCUCUCUUCCACCUCCCUCCCCGAGCCCGCAACCGCCAACGCCGCAACUUCCCAGUGCGUCUUCCUCGUCCGGAAUGUCCUCGUCGUCCUCCUCCGGAUCAAACACGUCGGAAACGCUGCUCCGCCAGCAGCAGCAGCAGGUCAACAUGGCGCCCUCUGGAGCUGGCGGCGCCACCACCAGCAGUCACUACGGCAAGAGCCAGAUGUGCCGGACGGAGGGCUGCAAGUUCUACGGCAGUAUCAACACCAACUUUUACUGCUCCAAGUGCUGCCAGGAGUACAACAUCUAGAGGCGCGCACACUCUCGCUGUAAAUAGACGACGGCGGCAAGGUAAGAGAGAGUUGUUAUUCUUCUACUUAUAAUUAUACAAUUGUACACACAAACACACACACACUCACUCACUCACACACGUAUAGGAUACAAACACGCAACACCUAACUUUAGUCAGAGCUAACUAUACUAUCUAUAACUGCGAGAAGAAAAGAGAGCGUCAAAUAAACCGAACGAGCUACCACGCGUCCCCUUUGAAUCCACUCUCACUAAGUUACAGCACUCGAUGGAGACGCAUGGUUGGUCAACUCUGAAAAAAUCUCAACAGUUAAAAAAUAUCACCCACUUCAUCGUUUUAGUUUAAUUUAAUGAAACAAUUCUAAACUGUGGCGCUAAAAACAAUUCAAAUUGAUACAGGACGUGUGCAAAAUUAAAAAUCAUGCAAAUAUUGACUAAGUUGAUCUUAUAUUGUUACGUUGAGAGUUGAAUUUGGAUCUUACCUUGGUUGUUGUUGUUGACCGAGUUACGAACAAGUUAUUUGAUCAUAUUGUUGGGUUAUCGAAUAACGAUGUUGUUAUCGAUUUGAUUUCCUUUUAAUUGAAACUUUACUGUUGUAAAAUGAAGCGUAUCACAUUCAAAGCUUAACUGAUGAAAUUAAUCAAAUCCUUCCAGUCAGUUUUUUUUUUCCUUUGAUUUUGAAAUUGUAAUUAUGCCAAGUGCUUAUUCGAUAGCGCUUUAGGUUUUCCUGUCAAAUUUUAAUCUCAACUGUUUCAGAAAGUUUGUUUGUCCACAUCCCCCAAUUAUGAUUGCGACUGUUUAAGAUUUAGUUUGUGUACUUAUUUCUAAUUUACAAACAACAGAAAUGGUUUCAAGAUUAUUUUUUUUAACGACGAAAAUGCCUACCAUUCAAGUCGGAAUAUAAAAAUCGCCAAAAUCCGCUUAAUUUGUUUUUGUUAAAAGGUAAAAAAAAAAUAUUUUCUAUCUUUCGAUUAUUUUUUUUUUUCAAAGGAAUAACACUCAAGCCGUUUUAGGCACUUAACAAAAAACUCAAGAUUCUUUGGAAGCUUUUUCAAACAAAAUUGAUGGAAAAUUUAAUUUUCUAUUUAUUACUAUUUAAAAUGUCCUAAAAAUACAUGAAAUUUUAAAAUUUUGAAUGAGUUUAGCCGAACCAGCGUUAAAAAAACGAAGUUACUUUGUAGAUGUCGGCCGGAUACACAUAUUUUCACUUAGAUGUUUAGAGCGCUGCUGCGGGAUUCGAACCAGCAAUCUCUGGAUUGUGGUUCUAGUGCGCGGUCCGAUUGAUCCACACGGGUUGGACAAGACAAAAAAAUGAAUUCAUCAGAUAAAUGUAUUUUUUCAGUCUGUACAUGGAAAUAACGUUACUUAUUUUUUCAGUGUACAUUUUUUCACAUUUGGCUUCAAAUUUGGCUCGCCGUUCAAAAACUUUGGGCACUUUGAACUUUUUUAUGCGUUUGAGUAAAUAAUGUUGAUUUUUAUUUAUUGGAAAACCUUGACUAGCCUAUGAAAUCUAAACGUAUCUCGUGUUCAGUGAAAAAGAAUUGUUUUUUUUGCUUUUUGAAAACGUAAAAAAAAAA